AUGCUCCGCAAACGUGCUGUCUGUUUUAGGAGCCGGUGCCCCGCCAGUGCUGCAGGCUGCAGCCAGCGCAAGUUGGCGCACGUUUUCCUUUGCUUUGUUUUGGGCCUGUGCGCUCUGUUAGAAGCAGGGGCUCCAACGGGCGUUGGAAAGAAAAUACCGGCGUCAGGUGUAUGGCCACUUUUGGAUACGGAAGACCCAGUUGAGGGUGCAAUACCGGAUCUAGUUCUUUGCGCUUCAAAUCACAAAUCAGCAGGGGAGGUGGAGAAGGUGCGUGCGCUGGUAGAUAUGGAAGUGCAGCAGGGUUACAUGCAGCGUAUAGGUAGUUUGGAACAAGUGAAGCAGCGGUUCCCAAGUGACAAGCUGGCUAUUGGCAAACUUGGAGUAGUGUCUUGUGAAGGAAAGGAUGAUCGUUUGAUUGGUGAAUCCCGUGCAUCGGGCGCGAGCCCGGCAGCGCUGUUCAGCGAGCGUGCGGAAGUGCCAAGUCUGUACCAUUUCUCCGCUGCUUUGGAUCGAUUUGCAGAGUGGUCCUAUAAGCAAGGAAAGAGGGCAAAGCCCAUCGCAUCUGCAGAGGACUGGUGCCUUUUCUCAAUUGACAUAAAAGGGGCUCAUAAAAGUGUCAGGACACACCCGGAAGAUGUGGGCUUAGCAGUUUUUCAGGUGGAAGGCGAGCACUUCGCCUACGUCAACAAUCACUUUGGUGCGUCCUGGUCUGCGUACUGGUGGUCAAGGCUUUCUGCCUUACUUUUGCGUGUGAUGCACCAUGUGCUCCGCCACUGCCAUGUUGGCGGCGUAUAUGUUGAUGAUUUUUUGUGGUUGCUGCCGCGUGAGACUGCGCCGCUCAUGGCUUCAUUGUUGACAGCAUUGUUGCAAAUCUUGAAUGUGCCCAUUUCUUGGCGAAAGCUAGCGUUUGGCCGCAGCCUAUCUUACAUUGGUUGGAAGCUUUCCUUGAUUGGUGGGUUUUCAGCACAGCUGCCAAUCAAUAAGCAAGAACGGAUACUGGCGCAAGUGCAACAUUGGAUCAUUCAUCCCAGACGAGUCAGCAGGGAUGACUUGUCCAGGCUGCUUGGCUUGUUGGUAUGGGCAACACAAGUAAAGCUCACCCUGCGCCCCUUUCUAGCGCCGCUGUUUGCUGCUCUGCAUCGCCCCUCACAAGAGUUGCGAUGUGUUGGCCUUCAGCAAAUUGAGGAAAUUGUUCAACUGUUGGGAGAAAAUUUAGUGCUCGCGGCUGGUGCAAGGUCUUGUGAUGCACAAGCUGGUUGGCGCUUGUCAAGUGUAGGUUCACUUGUGGUACGUGAUUUGCAGCAAGCACGGCAACUGCUGGAGCAGCCGCGGCUCAAAAACGGCAAAGUUUGGCUCCGCUUCAAAGCGUGGAGCCGGACAAUGGACUUGGAUAAAGCUGCUGUGCGCUCAUUGCAGGUGCUGCAACAGAGCCUGCGUGCUAACCUCUUCAGCUGGGCAGGAUCUCAGACAGUCUUGUCUGGUGCUGCAGAUGCUUGGGCAGAUGCGGCAAAGGCUGGCUUGGGCGGAUGGUUUGAAUCUUCUACUGGAUUGCACUGGUUUCAUGUGCCGUUGCGGCGGGAAGACAUACCAGCAGACUGGGAUUUCCCCCUAUCAAUGCAGAAAGCAAUCUCCAGCUUGGAACUACUUGCGCAAUUAGCGCUGCUAUUGGCACGUGUGCGUGUGGAGGGAGCAGGCUUCAAAUAUCGAGCCGUGCUUCAUCAGCAGUCGGACAACAUGGCUGUGGUUGGCUGCUUGGCAAAAGGUUUGGCUACCAAGCCGCCCUUGGCAACGGUGCUCAUGCACCUUGCGCGGCAUUGCCUCAAGGUAGAUUGUGCUUUGGAUGUGGCGCACAUUGCUGGUGAGCGCAAUGAACUGGCAGACAGGCUGAGCCGGCUGAACGAAGAUGAAGCCAGGCUGAAGUUGGGGGCGGUCGAUGACUGUGAUCCCCGGGGUGUGGGCCGGGCACCUAUUCUCAGUGAAGCGCAAGCGGAUCGCGCCAAACAAGCGGGGAACAAGGAGAAGACCUUUCUUGAUGUGCUGGCUGAUGCUGCGGGACAUGUCAAGGAAUUGGAGCAAGGUCGACGAUUGGUGCAGGCAUUCAUGGGGCUGUAUGCCGCUCCUGGUUUGGGGUCACUGGGUCUCCGAUCCCCGACUCUGGCCAAAGCAGAACAUGCAGAUGGCGAAUUGUGUCGUCAACUCAAUGCCUUACUGAGUGAUGGGUUCCAUUUUGAUUCCGCUCUUCACGAAGUGGUGGUGGUGCGCCACAGCUUGCAAAUGUGGUUGCAACCCAAACCCAAGGUGCUUAAUGCAGAAUCGGUGAUCAGUGCCAAGGGGCCCAAGCGAACCUUGCCGCAGCCUUGA